GAGAGACUAGUGGUCAUGACUGGGGGUUAAGGACGUCGUUCCCUAAAUCAAUGUGUCAUUUUAAUUGAACACUUAACUGCUAGCAGACAGAGGAUCAUUUAUACCGAAUGACUUGCAGGGGUUUCAUGUGAACACAUGCUGCUUCAACAUGAGACAACUGAAGAAACAGACGGAGAACUGAGACGCUGAGAGACGGAGAACAGGACCGGACACGACAGGACAGACGGGACUUUGGCAGAUGGGUGAUGCCUUCGGUCUGCAUGGACCUCAGCAUCCAAUCUGCCUGGAUAGAGAUUAAAGAGAGAAAAGAGAGAGAAAGAGCGAGAGACAUCAGGAACGACUGGAACACAAACACUUUCUCCUGAGGGACACAUCAUGGCUGCGCUCUCUUUGAACGGCUUAUUUCUGUCCCUGCUGACGCUCACGCUAUCUCAACCGUUCUCCUUCGCUCAGGAGUUUGAAAGCAGAGAUGAUAUACUUGAAAAAGAGUUCAUGUACGCUGGUCGACCCAAACGCUCUCCUGACUCUCAGGCUGAUAAAUGUUCCUACACCUUCAUCGUCCCUCAGCAGAAGACCACAGGUGCUAUUUGCGUGAACUCGAAAGGACCGGAGGAGCUGCUGGAGAAUCGCGUGAACAAACAGGAGCUGGAACUUCUGAACGGAGAGCUUCACAAACAGAGGCGUCAGAUCGAGACGCUACAGCAGCUGGUGGAGGUGGACGGCGGCGUGAUCAACGAAGUCAAGCUUCUGCGCAAGGAGUCGCGCAACAUGAACGCCCGCGUCACGCAGCUCUACAUGCAGCUGCUGCACGAGAUUAUCCGUAAGAGAGACAACGCUCUGGAGGUUUCUCAGCUGGAGAACCGAGUGCUUAAUCACACGUCAGAAAUGCAGCAGUUGACCGCACGCUAUCGUGACCUGGAACACAAAUACCAUCACUUAUCUUCUCUCGCCGGCAAUCAGAGCGCCCUGAUAACGCAGCUCGAGGAACACUGUCGGAGAGGAGGGUUUGUCGGUGGUGGUGGAGGUGGUGUCAGACAGACGCGACCCUACCAGCCACCUGUAAACCUGCCACAGCCACCCCAGAUUCCCCAACAUAGACCAGCACCCCCACAACCACCCCCGAUACAACACGCCCCGGCGAUCAGACCCUUCCACCCGCCGCCCUACAACCGACAUAUCAACCAUAUGAACAAUGAAAUCCAGAGCGACCAAAACUCUAAAGCCAUCCCACCGACUUUACCGACCGUGCCAUCUGGAACUUACAGCUUCUCAACAGAUAAACCUUCAGGACCGUUUAAAGACUGUCUGCAGGCUCAAGAAGAAGGUCACAGUAACAGCGGCAUGUUUCUGCUGAAACCAGAUAAUAUCAACAAACUAAUGCAGGUUUGGUGCGAGCAGAGACAUGAUCCUGGCGGCUGGACCGUCAUCCAGAGACGUAUGGACGGAUCGGUCAACUUCUUUAGAAACUGGGAAACAUAUAAGCAAGGGUUUGGGAACAUCGAUGGUGAAUAUUGGCUCGGUCUGGAGAACAUCUACUCGCUGACCAACCAAGCCAACUACAAGCUUCUGGUGACUCUUGAGGACUGGUCAGGCAGAAAGACAUUCGCCGAAUACGCCAGUUUCCGUCUAGAGCCGGAGACGGACUUUUACAAGCUGAGGGUGGGUCGUUACCACGGCAACGCUGGAGAUUCUCUCACUUGGCACAACGGGAAACAGUUCACCACCCUGGACAGAGAUCACGACGCGUACACGGGUAACUGCGCUCAUUAUCAGAAGGGAGGAUGGUGGUACAACGCUUGUGCUCACUCUAAUCUGAACGGCGUGUGGUACCGCGGUGGACAUUACCGCAGUCGCUAUCAGGACGGAGUUUACUGGGCGGAGUUUCGCGGCGGAUCGUACUCGCUGAAAAAAGUCACAAUGAUGAUUCGUCCAAAUCCAAACACUUUCCAUUAGAAGAUGAUGCUGAGAAAGUUAAUAAAGUGCAAUGUUUUUUCAGUA